CGCGUCUGGAAGUUCGCUCAACGAGUCCUUCCGACAUUGCCCUCCCGUCGCCUCCCGUUCGCAAUGACAAGAACCUGUAGGCGUUAAACAUAAGAGACAAGCUCGGGAACCCUUGUUUGGCUGGCAGGACGGCUAAGCACAGGAAGGCACGGAAAUGGGGGUGACGAGUCUGGUCUUCCUCCCCUCUGCCCCCCUCUCCCUCGUCAACCCGCUCAACAAUCGCCUCACCGACACCUUCGACUUCACCGAAACCGACGAAACCUGGUCCCUCACAUGCCGCUCCUACCGUGACCAAGUCGACGCGCGGCUGCGUUCCGCCUCCACCACCUCAUUCACCAACCCCGCGACAUCAUCUUAUACACCGAAAGUGCAGUAUGUCCUCACCCAAGCGCAUGUGGAGGGCGUGUUUGCGAUGAUUGCGACGGUCGGCGGUCGUGCGGCGGUGCCGGUGAUGGAUAUCACGGGUGGUGAGCAGUGGAAGGAGAGCGGGAUUGUGAUCGAGAUGGAUGAGGGGUAUGAGAUGAUUUUGGGAAAGUUGAAGGGGUUGUGGGUGAGGAGGCAGGAGAUUGCUAUUGAGGGAAUCAAGUACGAGCGCGGAAACUAUGUAAUCAGGGUCGGGAGCAUGAAGUCUUACGCGGGUCGUGGGAUGUUCAUCCAGGCCGAAGACACAAACCCAAAUACACCCCGCGCCGAAGCCUUCCUGGCCCUCCGCAUGCUCCUCCGGCAAGUCCUGCGCGGUCUCCCGGGGGUCAACGACAUGGAAUUGAGCAUGGCGCUGCAUGAGCGGGCGGUAUCAAAAGGUCAGAAUCGGAUGGGGAUCGCAAGGUAUGUCCCACCUCACACCUCUUUCCGUCUCGCGUUGGUAUUGAUAUAUGUCGUGUUUGGAAUAAGUGGUAAACAGGCGAAUGAUGUGGAUGGUCGGGAAUUCGAUCCGGAUUGGCAUGAGUAUGCGGCGGUUCGGUUGCCGAAGGAGACGUUUGGGAGGGCGCAUGAGGCUUAUCAGUUCUUUCGGCUGUUUCGGCAACAUGGGCUGCUGUGAGGAGGAUGCGACGUGCGGCGUAUUCGGGUAAUUUGAGACCUCUUGGACAAGCAGCCGAGGUUUCAACGUCGAGCGUGUUUGCAGCGGUGCCGGAACAGAUUUCCCGCAUCGCGAAUGCUUUGUAGAUAUCCACGAUCCAUCCAUGGAAAAGUCCCGGUCGCAGCAAUGGUUCAAUACGGCUGGCUGACCCCGUCGAUUACACUUCCCAUAUUUACAUUUCCGACAAGUAUGUACAAAUACACAGCUAGUAGACAACCGAUA